UCCACCGACCUCUUGCAUAAAGGCGAUCCACUCCUGGCCGUCCGUACAUCCUGUCGGGAGGCUAUUGAGAACAGCUCCUAGAUCUCCGAAAAUGGAGUCGAUGACUUCCUCAAAUCCUUGAAUAAACUGCAGUUUGAGGAACUUUCAAUUGAUUCCCCCAUGCGUAUGCCUGUUCGCUUCGACAGCUUGGCCCAAGAAUUGAACUUUAUUGCUUUGAUUGAUUUACUCAACUUCGGAAGCGGCUAUAGAGUUCCGCUUCAUAAAUACACUGGUAGAGGAGCCUUUGAUACGAUUCGAUUUGGAGCCAUGUCAUUUCACAUUGGUGGAACACCGCUCACAGCAGCUACGUUCAAGAAUAUCACAGCGUUCGAAAUCAGUGAAAUUUUCCAAUUCCCUAUUGAUCGUGAAUACACACCAGAGGGUAUGCCAUUUGUUACCAUGACAGAAGCCAAUGAACUUAAGCGUCUUGCCAUUGGUAUUGCGCAAGUGCUUAAUUCCACUGGGGAAUUCUUGCAGUCCCACGGAUACCAAGAUCUAGCAAGUUUCAUUUUGGACGUCACCAAGCCUUCCAGCGGUAAUCCUCCGUCGGCCAAGAACUUGGUGGACCAUCUCAUCAGAGCGUUACCUGGCCUCCACGAUUUCACCGUCAUUCAAGGCCAAACUGUUUAUCUAUACAAAAAGGCACAAAUCUUGACUUACCAUGUAUGGAUGUUCUUCAAAGACCAAGAUCCUGAUCGGUUCAACUUUGCCGACAUCAAGGAGCUCACCAUCUUCUCAGAUAAUGUCAUCCCUACCAUGCUGGAACAUCUCAAGGUGAUUCGUCUCCCAGAUUCCCUUCAACAGAAAAUUGAAGCAGGUCAGGAGCUCACCACGGCAGAGGCGUACCUUGCACGAGCAGCCGCGGUGGUGGCAUGCGAGCGCAUUGUUCAAAAAGCCCAUAGCCAGGGUACGAUCCCCCAUAUGACAGAAGGCGAACUAGAUGUAUACUUAUGGCGACUGGGCAAAGAAGGCGAUUAUCGAAAGAUCGUUAGACUCCAACUUCAAGAUACCGUGAUGUUUUAGGAGAGGGGUUAACACGGAGUUGGAAAGUGAAUGCUCAAAAACGGGUAAAGCCGUUUUAUUGAAGCGAGCCUGUCAAAAAUU